AUGAAUGAAUCUUCAUCAAAAUUAUCAUCUCCACCAGUACUCCAGUAUCCGGAUUUCAACAAAGAACUUGUCUUAACCACUGAUGCUAGUCAACACGCGAUCGGAUCUAUUCUUUCUCAGGAGCAUUCGGGCAAAGAUCUGCUAAAACGAUGGAUGAUAUAUCACUCCUGGAAUAUUCCCGGACCAUUCGUAGUACCCCUAUUAGGAAGUCCGUUCGUAUUAUUACUAACAAAAGAUAAUUGUUUCGAACUGGGUUAUAAGUAUCUGUAUUGCUACAAACCUGUUGCAAAAACUUGGGCAGGCUCGCAAUUGUACAUAGCGACCGCGAGACCAGCAGACGUAGAAAAAAUAUUGACCAAUUUUCUAAACAAAUCACCUUUCCUAGAGAAUUUUAACGAUGCAAUGAAAGACACUCUGCUGACCACAAAAGUCAGCGCCUGGAAAGAACAACGAAAAAUGAUGAAUCCCUGUUUUAAUUUGAAGAUUAUAAAUUCGUUUCAUGAUACAUUUGCCAAAUAUUCAAGGAAAAUGGUGAAUUUCUUGGAUGCUACAGAAGGCAGCGAACAAACUAAUCUCCUUUCAGUGAUAUGGGAAAGCACAUAUGAUUCCGCCAUAGAAAACUUAACGAAUGUGAGACCACAUAUGAUCAAAGGAAGAUACGACGCCAUUAAAGCUCUCGAGAAAAUCAAAGAGAUACUUGUGUAUAGAUUCUAUAAACCUUGGCUUCUCAUAGGUUUUAUAUGGAAAUUAUCCAACUUGUAUAAGGAGCAUCAAGCGGCUUGUCAAACUUUUCGCUCAGUUGUCGAAACCAUAGUAGCAGAAGAAUACCAAUUAAGCUAUACGGAAAAGACAAAUGACGACGAUAUGCGAAGUAAACGUUUUCUACCGCACUUGAUUAAAUCAAAACAAAACAAACAGAUCACCGAUGGACAAAUUCUGGAAGAAAUGGGUUUAAUGACAUUCGUAGCAAGUGAAACGACAGCGGUCACAAUCACUACGAUUUUAGUGGUUUUAGGGAUUUAUCCAGACAUUCAGGAAAAAGUUUACCAGGAACUCGUCUCUAUUCUGCCAACCACUAACAAUGACCCAACUCUGGAGGAGAUCAAUCGUCUGGAAUAUCUCGAUCGCGUGACAAAAGGAAGUAUGCGAUUGAUUCCAGCCGUUCCAGCACUAUUCCGAUACAUUAAUGAAGACAUUAAAUGCGAUCCUUACGUUUUUCCCGCCGGGUCUAACGUCGUCGUUCCGACAGUGCUUCUACACAGAGAUCCGGAUGUGUGGCCUGACCCGGAAAAAUUUGAUCCGGAUCGGUUUCUCCCCGACGAAGUUGCAAAAAGACAUCGUUGCUCCUACAUUCCUUUCAGUUUUGGUCUAAAAUAUGGAAUGAUGUCAGUGAAAUUAAUGGUCGCCAUGAUUGUGAGAAGCUUGAAAGUACGGGCUAUUGGUGCCAAAUCGUGGAAGGACAUCCAGUGCGAGAUGUUGGUCAUACUGAAGCCAAAAAAUGCUCGUUUAGUUUUUGAAAAAAGAUUUUGA